UAAAAAGCAUCGGAGCAUCCUGCGUUUGGAGUAGCGUUUUCUUCGGUUGAGUUUUUCCAGCAAUAACUUCACCUGGCGAAUGAAGAUGAUGGGAGUGAAUUUGGCGCGUGCUCUCUGCGUCCAUGCAGCGCGAGAUGCCACGUGGAGUUCUACUCGUGCAAAUCUGUCGUGCGCUUGGCGGUACGGACACGCGCGGUGCUACAGCAGUAAAACAGAUUUUUCUGGGAUAAAUGAACGGACUUUGGUAGCCAUCAAGCCAGAUGGAGUGCAGAGGCGUCUGAUUGGUGAAGUCGUCAAGCGCUUUGAGCAGCGAGGUUUCCGAUUGGUGGGUUUGAAGAUGCUGCAGGCUCCUGAGGAGUUGUUAGCUCAGCAUUAUGUCUUACUACAGAAGAAACCCUUCUACUCUAGUCUGCUCCACUACAUGACCUCUGGCCCCAUAGUCGCUAUGGUGUGGGAGGGGCAUAAUGUUGUGAGGUCAUCACGCAUGCUGGUGGGCGACACGGACCCCGCUAAAGCUGCACCUGGAACGAUCAGGGGAGAUUUCAGCGUUCAUAUCAGCAGGAAUGUCGUCCAUGCAUCGGAUUCUGUUGAAGGUGCAGAGAAGGAGAUCUCGCUGUGGUUCCAGCGCUCCGAGCUGAUUGACUGGGAGGGGUGUGAUCAUAAAAACAUUUACCAUCUAUGAGACCGAAAAUAAUAUUUCGUAAAAGUGUGACAUCUAGGCACGUUUAACUACCGCGCUCGGCUGGAGAUGCAGGGUGACCAUUUUCUAAAGCAAAGGCAUACUCCUUUGCAAACCGUUUCUGACUGUAGGUCAACAGAUGUUAAAGAUAAUAUUAUUUAUAUACAUACAAAUAAUAUUUCUCAUCAUUUCAAGUGAUUUAAUGUAAAUAGAUUGAACUGCUGUAUUUUAUAUAAUAGUUCAUAUAUUAGAAAAACUGUUGAGAAUGUUUUUUAUGUACUGUAGGCCAAAGUCUUGUUUUUUUCUUUGACGCACAAGUACUAGUCAGAAAUGAUGAAUUUACUGAAAUGUUAUUUUGAUGUUAAUCUUUUAUUCAUCAGAAAUGACUGAAUGUCCACACACACACACACACACACACACACACACACACACACACACACAAUGGUGACCAAUGUAACGACCUCAGUGCCUUUAUUAAUGAUGAUUGCAUUGCUCUUCCUUUUCUAAUUAUAAAAAGUGCCUUUUUAAACAAAUAUAUUAUAUUAAAUUACUACAUGCAUUUUAGCAGAUGUCAUCAACAUUUCCCUAAUGCACACUUGGGACUUGUUGGUGUUAGAAACAUUAGAACUAUUAAUGACUGUGUGUAAUAUUGGAAUAAAUCUCUUUAAUAAAACGGUUUUGUG